AUGAGCGCGCGCCACCACUGCCGCGCCGGCCGGGUCCCGGGGAGGGACUCUGGUCGCCCUGUGCCAGUCCAGGUCCCAGUCCCUGCCCCCGUCAAUGCCCCAGCCACUCUCCGUGCCCCAGUCCCUGCUCCUGUCCCAGUCCAUGUCACUCUCCCUGUCCCUGCCCUUGCCUUUCUCCCCGUACCCGUCUCUCCCAGCCCCCGUCCCUGUCCGAGUCCCAGUCCGUGCUCCUGUCCAGCCCCUGCCCCUGUCCUGUCCCGCGGGGUGCGCCCAGGCGCGGGCACGGCUCUUGCAGAGCCCCGGGCUGUGUGUGCCUGCCAGGUGAGCUGGGCCGAUCCUGCUGCUCGGGAUGGCCUCUCCCGGCAGGCUGGCAUCCCAGGCGUCUGGCUGCCUCGGGUUGGAGGCUACAGCGUGGUUUUAGUCAGACGAGGCACAGACAAGACUGUCAAACCCUGCUUGGAAAUCUUGCGCCCUUCUUCCUUUCCACAUGCCAUUUUUAACUCGGUGCUACCAGAUUCCCCUGGACACCAGGUGCUGGAACAAAACACGUUGGCUCUGCAGCCUUUCUGGCAAAAAAUGGAACAAUCUAUUUCUUUGCCAGCUGACAAGCCUGGGAAGCCAAGAAACCAACUGAGCAGUCGGCCUGACGCCAGGGAGCUAGAUAGCCAGUCAGCUGAGCUACAGUGAGAAGCCAGCUUGGCCAGCAACCACAGCCAGAUCAGAGCUAAAACUUCUGUAGAAAGUUUUGAGGGAACCAGGACAAUUCAGAAUGUUCAGUGCCAGUCUGCUCAAUUAGAAGAUGGUUAAACAAACCCUCUUAAUAACUGACUACUGUUGGGAAAGGAUGUAACUGUACUGCACUUUGUGUUCCUUAUGGAUUUCUUCAGCUUUUGCCUUGUGAGUUAUGCACACAUUUAUUGCUACUAUUAAAUCAAUGAAUUUUCCUUAAGGAUUAAUGAUGACACCCAAGCCUAUGAGGGAGUUUUCAGUGCUAGUUUUGUAAUGAUCACUCAAAUAACACUGCAUGCCAGCAGUACCUCAUAGUAUCUGCUUGUGUAUGUCUGCCUACUAACCAGAAGGUACAGUUACUGCAGGCUACACUGAGAGACUGAAAUAAACACUUCUGUCUGCUAUCAAAUAACACACUAUCUCAUUGUCUUCAGUCCAUGUUUGUGAAUGAAUUUAGGUUAAGAUGAACUUGCCAAAAAUGCAGUAGUUCCCUUCUGAACUAGGGAAAACAUACUGAUCUCUACUGGGUAGUUGGUAAUGUUAAGGUCAACACCGAUACGGAGAGCUCCCUUUUUUGUCAGAACUAACCAUGCUCAAGUGCUGUUUGCUGAAUGUAACCUUAAACAUUAUUGCAGAAUUCUUGCAAUGCUCCAGUUACUUUUUCCUUUUGGUGUAUUUUUGGAAAGAUAUCAGACAAGUUUGUAAAAAAAAUUACAUCUUUGUCUUCCCACAGCUUACAGUUAUGGUAUCAUCAUAAAAGGUAUCAGCCGCUUUUUUCAAAUGUUUAGAUAAUUUCUAUUGUAGGAUAAAUCUUAUAAUUUCUUAAAUCUGCAGAUGCCGUACACCCUAUACGGCUCUCUCGUUUGUUUCCGACUAGUUGCUGCAUGUGAUUCCUUCUUAAAGCCCAGAGAUGUCAUACACCAUCCUCACUACAACUGUGGUAACUCCAGGGAACAAUGAAUUUCCUUGUAAAUGUUUAGUGGUAAUUAAAUUUUCUACAACUUCAUUUAUUUAAGUAGUCUCUAAUAUUCCUGCUGUGAAAUCAGAGGAAAAACAGAUGCUUUACUGAGAUGCAUUUCAGAUCUUGUUCCUUCCUCAUAUAAAUAAAUCUGACUUAUUUUCUCUCUCAAAUUCAACUACUGCGGAGAUGCUACAGCAUCUGGAUUCCAAGUGGAUUUAUGUCAGUUGUUUGCUUUUCAUUGACCUUUAUAUUCUCUAAGCAUGGCACAGUUUAUUGCUGUUUUUACAGAGUUUAUUCUUGAACUGGAAAUCAUUUGCACAGUAAGUAUUUUCCCACAAUGACAAUAAUUUAUUGUAAUGUUUAUGGUGGCUUUUCUUCUUCAUUUCUGCUGGACUUGCUACACAGUUUUCUGUGCGCUGCUGCAACAUAUCUUGAAAUGUGCUCUUCAUCCCAAAUGUAGUAACUUGAGCAUAUGUUUAAGGUUUAAGUCAGUCUCAAUAUGAUCAUUUGGCUUGCCUGGUUUUAUAUUCCACACACAAAUAACUGCUGCCGUGUGUCAUUUAAGUCUUUCUGAUUCAUGAUUUCCUCAGUAUUGCCACAUACUCAGAGAUUAUUUCAGUUCCCCUCUGAUUCAGUCUAUAACAUAAAUGCUCCUUAAACAUGAGAACAUGUUAAUUACAGUGUUAUUUUCUUUUUCCAUCAAAAUAUUGACUGGAAACUACCAAAUCCUUAUACAUCUUGGUGAUAACUUUUCAACAAAAUUUGAGUAUUAAUAGCUUCUCCCAAACUUCCUUUUCAGUUUUCUCUCUCAAAAAAAAAAAAAACAAAACACCAACCAAAAAACUAUGAGUGACAA